UCAACCGAACGUAAACAGAGAGAGCAAUGUUGUCAGCGGCGAUUCUCAGGCGGCCGGCGAGAAUUUACUUAUAUCAGCCAUUUCUCUCGUCCCUUUAUCACGAUGCCGCCCUUUCCGAGUACACAGACACGCCUCAGUACCCGGAGAUUCUUGACGUGUCCUGGGAAGCCAUCAGACGCAGGAAGAAGGAGGCGUGGCAUCAAAAAGUAACGAGACUGCCCUCCGUGGAGCAGAAGAUGAUGGAACUCAACAUGCCCAAGUACUUUGGCCACUGGUCCUGCCAACUGAGUGACAACAAGCCAACCCUCCUCACCACUGACUUCUGCCGCUUUGCCACACGCACACAUGUGGAGGAGGUGGAGGGGCUGCCGGGCCACUACUACGAGGAGGUGUGGCAGCAGGCGGAGGCGGCGGCUGACAGGGUGGCGGAGCAAGUGGAGCAGCUUAUUAAUUUGAAUUUUGGUACACAGCUUAAUAGGCGGAUAAUAGAGACACCAUCCGCUCAACACCGCCGGAAGACACAAAACUUCCUGUAUGGCCUGCACCGGUUGUUGAGUGGGGCACUGGGGGGUGAGGCGGAGCACAUCAGACAGGCUAUGGUGGAUCUCAGGCCGCGGAUUGAAGCCUACUGGAUCCUCGGCAGCCUUCCUCCUGACAACAUGCUGAAAAAGGCCAGGAAAGGUAUCUCGCACCUGAAGGAAAAAGAAAAUGACGCUAUGGAAAGGCCAAUGCAGGGUCGAAGCAGUCCGUUCCUUGGCAUGCGUAUGGAGGAGGGUCUGCCGCAGGUGGUGGGCUGGGAGGACCCCCUGGCCACCACCGGGAGCCUGCCCACUGAAAUCCUGGACCCUCGUGCUUAUGGCUUCAAGUUUAAGCAUAGUCGAGCCAGCACUGUCACUGGGUACUGGCCGAGUGAAGGGAAGCAGCACGGCCACCUGUUCCUGCACACAAGGGAGUUUGAGGAGUGCUUCAGACAUGCCCACGGCCAACACAACGUGCAGGACGCCAUCACACACAAGGCCCUCCUCUCCUCCUUCACACAGGCCAUGGCACACGCUACAUACCUUGGGUUUGGGCCGGUGACGGAGAUGACCUACCCUCUGGUGCAACAGUCGGCCUUCACUAAUGGCAAGCAGUGGAUUCUGAGUCUCUUCCAGCUCAACACCUGUGCCCUUCACUCUGAGAGGCCGGUGGUGAACCCUCGCAACAACAUACUGUGGUUGAGUGAGGACCAGCCACUGUUUGAGGGGGUGGAGGUGGCAGUACAGGGCCUCAACCUGCCCCUGCUCACUGCCCUCAUUGCCAUGUACCUCAAGAAGGGCGUGGCCAACCCUGACCCCACACCUUACUUGUCCUUCAAGUACGUGAGCAAGCACCCAGCCAGCGAGGAGUACCGGGAGCGCUUCCACCAGUUGUACCUGAAGGUGAUGUCGAACCGGCCAGUAGCCAAAGAGAAGCCAGAGUUGUACCUGUGGGAGAAGAUCUACAAGGUGGACUUCAACACCCGCCCUCUGGAUACACCCUCAAGAUUCUUCGACAAUUACUUUAAGGCAGAGUACCCCGGUCAAAAGAGGAUGGACCAACACGCGCCACGGUACAUCCCGAAGAGUUUGAGGAAGGAGAAGAGAGUCAAAUUUCAGCCUCGUAUUGACUCCACACACCUCUACAAGUAUGACUAACGCACGCACACACACAUGCACACACACGCACUUUUACAUACACGUUCAUAUACAUACAUACACGUACGGUGAGAUAUACAUACAUACACACACACACAUGCAUGGAUUUUGAUAUUAUACUAUUUAAUACACAUAUACAUCUGUUUAUAUGAUUAACACGCGCACACACAUACACACGCACGUACACAUAUACAUACAUACAUACAUAAAGUUUUACAGUAUGUAGAUCAAAUUGUUGAAAAAAAUGUGUAAAUAAAAAAAAUAUUUGUC